AUGAGUGAAGUUAUAGAGAGGAGUGUGAUAAAAGAAAAUAUAAAUAAAAUAUAUACACAACAACGAAUAUUGGAUAUAACAAAAUUAAAUAUUGAAAAUAUUUCCGCAAUAGUUCAAUUGUCAAUAGAAGAACAUUUAUCUGAUCAUCAAGAGAAAAAUCUAUCUUGUCAAGUAAAUUCAAUAAAAUCAAUGGAUAAUGAGCUAAGUCACCUAGAAACAAAUUCUUCGAUAGAUCAACAAAUUGAAAUAAGACAAAAUCAACAACAAGACGCUUUAUUAAAGAAUCAUAUUGACAAACAAGAUAAUCAAUUUAUAAAAGAUUCAUCCGAAAAUAAACAAGAAAAAUCAUCUUUAUCAAUGAUAGAAAAGAAAAUUUUGAAGAAAAAACGGCGUCGAUCUCAAAAGUCUAUUUUGACAUCAAAACGACGUACACAAAAACAAUCAAAAUCAAUGAAAAAUAAUGAAAUUCAAUGGUGGAUUAACAAAUAUUCAAUUGAACCAAUAUCAAUUUAUCUUCAUAGAGUUAAUAAACCAACUAAUUAA